AUGGGCCCGGUGGGUCCGGUGAGCCCGUGGAGUGCUGAGGCCUGUGGGGGCGGGGCCACUGGGGGAGGAGCCCCCAAACCGAGGGCCGUGGGUGGAGUCCGGAAGGUCUCCAGGAGGAAGAGGAGUAAUGCACCCCAACACCUGCCCCAGCCCCAGAGGAUGCAAGAGGAAGAUGAGAUGGAGGCGAGAGAGGCAAGUGUGGAGGAGGAAGUGAGCAGUGCCUGGCGGUGGAGGUGGCAUGGGUUGCAGGGCAGGGACUGGUACCAGGGAGGACCUCAGGGGCAGAGGCCUCCAGCUCAGCUCUUGCCUCCUCGGCUUUCCUAUGAAACCCUUCAGCUGGAAGCAGAGUUGCUGGAGCCCAAAGACAACCUAGACCCAAACCUGGACUUGGACAUGAAGGCAGAUCUAGAGAUGGAAUUGGAGCCCAAGCUGGAGGCCAAGCCGGACAUGACUGACGAGGAGUCCUACGAUGAAGACUCCGAGCAGCACAGGUACACGAUAGAGCCUGUCAACCCCUACGUGGAGGAGCUGCCAGCCUCUCAGGACUUCGGCCACCAACGCUCCAUCCGCGUGCAGACUUCCAAGCACCUCUUCAGGGCAGACAAGCUCAUCCAGGCCUCGGAACACAGCCUGCAACAGGUGAUAAGUAUGCAGCAGCUCCAGCCCUCCAGGCCCCAGGCAUCUCUUCCCAGCCUGAGCUCCCAGCCGCUGCCACCAAGCCCCUUCCCAUCCUCCUCCAGCCUCCCACCGGCCAUCGGCCUGGCCGAGCUGAUCAACUUUGCAUCUGCCCUGGCCAUGGCCUCCUCCAGCAAGAUGGACCUGCCCAGUUUGGAGGGCACGAUCAAAGCUCCAUCUCAGAAGACUCUGGAGUCUCCCACAAAGCCCACCAGGGAGCCUGCUGCCCAGUCCCCCGUGAAGGAGCCACGGCAGGAAGAGACCAUCACCGUGCUUCCCUGGAGGCCGUCCGAGAAACCACCUGAAGCUGGGAAAACACAAAAUGCUUGGAGUCAGGAUGGCACGGGCUUCGCUGGUUCUUGCCUGGACUUCAACAAGCCAGGGGUCAAGAGGGCCACCAUAGAAGGGGAAGUCAAGCUUCUCCAGCCAUCGGCCGUGGCCCCUCCAACUCAGGAAGCCAGGAAAGACUCGGUGCCGGGAACCAAGAAAGGAAGUCCUCUAUUACUGCAAAUCCAUUUUAAGCUGUCAUCCCCUCAUCCCCAGAGAAAUGACUAG